UUCUUGUUUUUGCGUAUUUCCUGAAUCGGCCGGAUGUAGUUUGUGUGACGUCUGACGGGCCUACUGUGACGUUGUUUUCCCGCAUAAAGUGAAUCGUCGCCGGGCUCCUGUCACUUUACCAGAUUCAGAGAGAGCUUUCACACUAAACACACCACCAUGGCCAAUCAACCAAUGGACAUCAUAACAAAGGUUCUGGAGCAGUCCGCCAAACUGGUGGAGGAGCAGGUGGACGCACAGCUGAGCAAACUCAAUGAAAUGGAUGAAGAUGACUUGGAGAGGCUGAAGGAGAGGCGAUUAGAGGCACUUAAAAAAGCGCAGAAACAGAAGCAGGAGUGGCUGUCCAAAGGCCAUGGGGAGUACAGAGAAGUCCCCAGUGAGAAAGACUUUUUCGGUGAGGUGAAGGAUAGCAAGAAUGUUGUCUGCCACUUCUACAGAAAUUCAACCUUCAGAUGUAAGAUCCUCGACAAACACUUGGCCAUCUUGGCAAAGAAGCAUGUGGAGACCAAGUUCCUCAAGCUGAACGUGGAAAAGGCCCCAUUCCUGACGGAGAGGCUGCGCAUUAAAGUUAUUCCCACGCUGGCUUUGCUGAUAGACGGAAAAACAAAGGACUAUGUGGUUGGAUUCUCUGACCUGGGCAACACGGAUGAGUUUCCCACAGAGAUGCUGGAAUGGCGACUCGGCUGUGCGGAUGUUAUUAACUACAGCGGGAACCUGAUGGAGCCCCCAACAGUGACGCAGAGAUCAGGCACAAAAUUCACAAAAGUGGAGAAGAAAAGCAUCAGAGGACGAGGAUACGAUUCAGAUUCAGACUCUGGAGAUGACUGAAAAGUUCUGACAGCCGGCUGGUUUCCUCUCUCAGGGCUACCUCAUUAAAAAGUCUAGCGGACAGCCUGCUCUCACUUUUCUUCUCUUUGUGACUUAUCUAUUCAUUGCGUUCAUUUUCACGUUUUAAUUUACCAUAUCUGUGGAUUGAUUUUAUGAAAUCAACGGCGCAUUUCUUUCAGCCUGCUCAUUCAGGCAGUUCUGUCUGUUUUAUCCGUUUACUUGUCAGUGUGCGAGAGUCUUCUGUUUGAACAGAGACGAAUAUGCAUGUGGGUGCCAAGACUAGGGUUUAACAUCAGAAUACAUUUUUACUAGGGCUGGCCCGAAUACUGGUUUCUGGCCUCCGAAUAUUUGGACCAGGCGUAAACUAACCGUGACGUCACCCGUUGGUUUCAACGCCGAGAAAAUGAAGCCCGGAUUUUGCUACUUCCUGGUCACCGUUUUGGAUUUUUUGGAGCCAGUGACAUAAAAAGCGUCAUCAAACAGGCUGGACCGGAGAGCAACUAGGGGCAGGAUUGGCUGAGGACUCUCUUAUCCCGCCCACAUUUUACCACAGAGGCUUCUGUUGCUGUCUAUCAAGUAUAGCCACGCCCCCUGGCUCCGCCAACUUCAACGUUUUAUUUAAAAUUCAGUAUUGAUUUAUUUUAAGAUCGGCCACCUGAUCUCUCAUUUUGACCACGAAACCUAACAGGAAAAAAAUCCUGAGCUGUAGAACAUCAGUCUAUCAAAUUUUAUUUUUUCCAAAAAUGAAUUGGGGUCUAUGGAGAAAAAGCUUUUUGGAGCCAACCCUAGCGGACGGCAUGAUAUUGCAAGUUUUUGACACUUCUGGGUGGGCUUCAAUUCUGGAGCCAGAUGCUAUGUCCAUCUUUAUAUACAGUCUAUGAUUUGGGCCCUAUUAAAGACGAAUAUUCGGAUACCGAAUUUAAUAUCCGGAUACCGCCGUAGCGAACGAAUAUUCGGGUCCAGCCCUAAUUUUUACAUGACAUUUCCUUGUAGCAAGAGUUUGACUUGACUAAUGCAAACUUAAUAAAAAGCAUAAAAGACAUAAAAA